AGGUGCCUCCCACUACGGCCUGACCAAGGACCGGAAAAGGCGCUCGCAAGACGGCUGCACCGAUGGCUAUGCCAGCCUCACAGCAAUGCCACGCUCCCCAGAAGUUUCUGCAGCCGCCACCAUCUCUUUAAUGACCGACGAGCCUGGCCUAGACAACCCUGCCUACGUGUCCACAGCAGAGGAUGGCGAGCCAGUAACCAGCCCCUCAGACUCUGGCCGGAGCAACCGAACUAGGGCGCGGCCCUUUGAGCGCUCCACUAUGAGAAGCCGAUCUUUCAAAAAGAUUAACAGAGCUCUGAGUGUUCUUCGAAGGACAAAGAGCGGGAGUACCGUUGCCAACCACGCUGACCAGGGCAGGGAGAACUCUGAGAAUGCCACUGUCCCUGAAGUCUUCCCAAGGUUGUACCACCUGAUUCCAGAUGGGGAAAUUACAAGCAUCAAAAUCAACAGAGUGGAUCCCAAUGAAAGCCUCUCCAUUAGGCUUGUGGGAGGCAGUGAAACCCCGUUGGUCCACAUCAUCAUCCAGCAUAUUUACCGUGAUGGAGUGAUUGCCAGAGAUGGGCGGCUGCUGCCAGGAGACAUCAUUCUCAAGGUUAAUGGAAUGGACAUCAGCAACGUCCCUCAUAACUAUGCCCUGCGGCUCCUGCGGCAACCCUGCCAGGUGCUGCGGCUCACCGUACUUCGUGAGCAGAAGUUCCGGAGCAGAGGCAACGGACAGGCACUGGACUCCUAUGGACCUCGGGACGACAGCUUCCAUGUAAUUCUCCACAAAAGCAGCCCUGAGGAGCAGCUCGGCAUAAAGCUGGUGCGCAGGGUGGAUGAACCUGGGGUAUUCAUCUUCAACGUGCUGAACGGUGGUGUCGCCGACCGACACGGCCAGCUGGAGGAGAAUGAUCGUGUGCUGGCCAUCAAUGGACAUGACCUUCGAUUUGGCAGUCCAGAAAGCGCAGCUCAUCUGAUUCAGGCCAGCGAAGGACGUGUUCAUCUCGUCGUGUCCCGCCAGGUUCGACAUCCCAGCCCAGACAUCUUCCAAGAAGCUGGCCAGAUCAGCAAUGGCCAGUGGUCCCCAGGCCCAGGGGAGAGGACCGUGGCUUCUAAGCCCCUCCAGCCUGCAGCCACUUGUCACGAGAAGGUUGUUAGUGUCCGCAAAGACCCCAGCGAAUCUCUCGGCAUGACCGUUGGAGGGGGAGCGUCCCACGGGGAAUGGGACUUGCCCAUCUAUGUCAUCAGUGUUGAGCCUGGAGGAGUCAUAAGCAGAGAUGGAAGAAUAAAAACAGGUGACAUUUUAUUGAAUGUGAAUGGGAUUGAGCUCACAGAGGUCAGCCGGACAGAGGCCGUUGCCAUAUUGAAGAGCACAUCUUCCUCAGUGGUACUCAAAGCCUUGGAAGUCAAGGAACAGGAGCCCCAGGAAGACUGCAGCCCAGCAGCCCUGGACUCCAACCACAACGUGACCCCGCCUGGUGACUGGUCCCCAUCCUGGGUCAUGUGGCUGGAAUUACCACAGUACUUAUCUAACUGUAAAGACGUGACACUCAGGAGGAACACAGCAGGAAGUCUGGGCUUCUGCAUUGUAGGAGGUUAUGAAGAAUACAAUGGGAACAAACCUUUUUUUAUCAAAUCCAUUGUCGAAGGAACACCAGCAUACAACGAUGGAAGAAUUAGAUGUGGUGACAUUCUUCUCGCUGUCAACGGUAGGAGUACGUCCGGCAUGAUACACGCUUGCUUGGCAAGGAUGCUCAAGGAACUGAAAGGGAGGAUCACUCUCACUAUUGCUUCCUGGCCUGGUACUUUUUUAUAAAAUCCAUGAUGGAUCUUCAAAAGCAGAAAAAAGAUCAGAUAGGCUAGGUAAAACUGUAUUUAUCUUGUCAAUUUUUAUAUUUAAAGAAUAUAUUGUAAAAAAUGCCAGGAAAAGUAUGAUAUUGUGAAAAGAAGCUACACCUCAGAGAAUGUUUUCAAAAAUAAAAACUGGUAAGUUUUUAUUUAGUGUGGAGGAUUUCUCAUCACUCCAAACCUUUAAGUUUAUAUUUUUCUAUUCAAUAAAAAGCCCAUAAAAAAAAAUCUAAAAUGGUUUGUAUGACACAAUUCAAAUCAAGUAAAAAUAUGGUGUACGUGGAGUUCAAGAAAGAGUACAAUACAGGCAUUGAAAUUUAAUGGCAGAGGAUUUAAAAUGAGAAAUAAAUCUUUUCUAAAUGAUA